CUUUGCUGCCAGAACUGAUAGAAAAUGCGGUGUCAAUGAUUAAAGGGAGCUCUGGGCAGCUGCCAGGAUCGGUAUGUGGAUUAUAUAUGAGCUCAAUGGAGGACUGAUUGGUUUGGAAACAAUGAAAGGAUGAUCCUGUCACUGGCCGGAGGUGUGUGUUGUAUGGGGCUAGAGGAUAGGACUGAAGGUCAAGGUGAGACAGAUGUCCUAUCUUCUUCUGCACAAUACACGACACGGAUCCAUCCUACAUGUAGUGCUUUUAAAGACCCUGCCCUUUUCCCACAAAUCUCACAACAGACCCACUUGUGUUAGACUGAAGUCACCAUGCUGUUGAUUUGGCUGAUGCAUGUGCUCUUAGCUUUGUCGGCCCUCCAGAUUGUGGCCACUGAUAAGAUCACAGAUAUUCCUGUGUUUGUACUUUCAUUUUUUGGUAAAUUACACUACCAUUUUUAUACCUUCAUCCAUGGCCAGCUCCAGAUCCCUGCUCGGCCUACAUCAGCCUGAACGAACCCUGGAGGAAUACCGACUACCAUGUCAACAACUCGGCUGGUGUGCCCUUGUGUGACCGCCAUGUAGACGGUGAGUGGUACCGCUUCACUGGUUUGGCCGGUGACGCCAUGCCCACCUUUUGCAUCGAGGAGAACCACUGUGGCACCCACGCACCAAUCUGGCUCAACGGCACCCACCCACAGCCUUCCGAUGGCAUCAUCACAUUGCCUACAUGUGCAAGCUUCAAUGAUGACUGUUGCCACUGGUGUGGGAUGGUGGAUGUGAAAGCAUGCCCCAGGGGUUACUAUGUAUACCGCCUGCCGCGUCCGUCAGUAUGCUUCCACGUGUACUGUGGCCAUUUCUACGACAUCUGUGAUGAGGUGGAGUGCACUGGUCCAGACUGUCCACUGCAACUAGAGUGCCGUUGUCCUGCUGGAACUGUUCUGGGGCCAGACUCCCAAACUUGUCUGGACAUAAAUGAGUGUGAGAGUAGCAAUGGCAGAUGUGCUGAGAUGUGUGUGAACACCAAGGGCUCAUGGCGGUGUGAGUGUGGUCCAGGCCGAGUACUGGAUGCCAAUGGCCAGACCUGCAAUGAGAUCGCAGGCUGCCACAAUGUGAACGGAGGCUGUAGCCAUGGCUGCUCAUCAGAGGAUGACUCUUAUUACUGUCACUGUCCAAGAGGCCUGAUGCUGGGGGAGGACAAGCGAAGCUGCCAGGUGCCUGUGCAGUGCGAUCCCAGCUCUAUUGAUGUGUCUGUUCCCAAAGACCUUGUGGGUGGCCUGGAGCUCUUUUUGUCAAAUUCCUCAUGUCGCGGUGUCUCUAAUGGCACUCACAUCAACCUUCAUUUCAGCCUGAAGACCUGCGGCACCGUGGUCAAGGUAAUUGAUGACAAAAUUAUUGCCACAAAUUUGGUCACCGGGCUUCCAAAGUCAAGUCCAACCAGCAGUGGAGAUCUAAUUGUACGCACCAGCAAGCUUUUGCUGCCCAUAACGUGUGAGUUCCCAGGCCAUUAUGAUGUAUCAGAUGGUUACCUUCCCAGUGUACGCAGCUCUGCACUGGAGCUGUCAGGACACAGUGAGGGCGUCUUCCCGUUCACACUGGAGCUGUUUAAGAGCGCAGAGUUUUCCGAGCCGUACAACAGUCCUCCUCAGCUACGUCUACGUGACGCACUGUACUUUGGCAUAGAGCCACGAGAGCGUGUGGAGGGCCUUGCUGCACUUGUAGAGACCUGCUUUGCCACACCUGGCCCUAACUCUGACCAAGUCCUCAAAUAUUACCUCAUUAAAGACGGCUGUAUUUCAGAUGAGACCCUUCGCCAGCUCUCAGCUAAAGACCAGCUCUCCAAACACUACCAGGUUCCUGUCUUCAAGUUCAUAGGCAGUGACAACAGAGAGGUGUACCUGCACUGCCGGGUAUUAGUGUGCGGUGAGGGAGAGUCACGCUGUACACAGGGCUGUCGCACACGUCUGAGACGAGACCUCUGGACUGAUCAACACCAGGAGAAACGCACACUGACUGGAGGACCCAUUCUCAUUCUGCCAGAUGUGUAACACACACUCACAACUCCAUCUAUAACCUUGAUUCUGUGUUCACUCAAACAUCAUCAUACCAUGCCUUGUACAUAGACUCCAUUAACCCCAUAAUUUCACCAGCCAACUGGAAACUGCAUUAGUGUGCACAUGCAUCUCAGCCUCAAUUCAUCCACAUCACUCAGAAAUGCGCUGACAUCACACUCACGUAUAUCUCAGCCAAUGACACGCUCUCUUGUUUCAUCAUAACUUCAUCUUUUCUCCGGGGUUAAUGGAAGCACUGAAACAUGAACAUAUCCAUUUACUCAGCCUCAUAUUUAUAUAACCGUUAAUAUGGAUUGUACAUUUAUGUCUAUUGACAGCACUUUUACUAUGCAUGUCAGAUUUUUUUACACAAUAAAUUCUCUAUAUUUUGUAACAGUUCAUAGAUAGAUACUAUGGCAGGUUUCACAUGGAUUAAUAUUAUUUCGCCCAAAAUAAACACAUUUUGCUUGCAA